UUUAUCCCAUUAAUAUGGACUCCUUUAGAUUUUUUCAUGGAGUACAGAUGAUAAUCAAACUGAAGACUUUUUUGAAAAGUGUUGCCUACUCUCCAUCCAAUCGAGAUGAGAAAGAUUCUCCGUGGAAAUCAAUUUAAAUAAACUCUUGAUAGAAGAAAAACGGUGCAUAAAUUUGUAAGUUUUUUGUUUUCUUUCCCCCAAAUCGCGCAAGUAUAGAUCUCUGGAAUCAAAUUCAAAGUACCGGAAAUCGAAAUUGAACUCAGUUUCUAGACUCAUUGUCAUCAUCUGAGCUCCCAAGAAUUACUGGGGUUGAUUGAAGAUAGUGGAAAAGGACUGUGAUAUAUAAAAAUGAAUUUGAAAGGCUUGGGGAGCUAUGUGCCACCUCCAUACAUACCUUUGGCAAACUCUGACCAUGAACUUGAAGCUGCAACUGCAGAGAACAGCAAUUUACCAGCUUCAGCUUCUUCUAGUGAUGUUCCUGUUCAAUGGUCCUCUGGAAUUUGUGCUUGUUGCGACGAUACUCCGAGCUGUGUAAUAGGCCUCUUUUGUCCCUGCUACCUCUUCGCUAAGAAUGCUGAGUUUUUGGGUUCUGGAACUCUUUUAGGACCUUGUAUGACCCAUUUUAUGCUGUGGGCUCUCCUCAACAGUGUUUGUUGCCUUCUAACGGAUGGUGUACUUUUGGGGCUUCCUGGCUGCUUUAUUUCAUGUUAUGCUUGUAACUAUCGAAAGAAUCUUCGAAUCAAAUACAAUCUACCGGAGGCACCUUGUGGCGAUUUUGUGACUCAUUUCUUCUGUCAUCAAUGUGCCGUAUGCCAAGAAUACAGGGAAAUAUGUGAGAGAUCUGAUGAUCCCAACUACGCCGACCUUAGUAUACAUGCAGUUACCGCUCCACCCAUCCAGAAAAUGCAACCACAUCCUGGAGAAUGAUGCUUUAUGUUUCAAUACCGAUGUGUUACGAACAUCAUGGCUUUUAUAGUCUGUUUCAAUGAAACAUAAUUUGCUAGUUAGUUCGCCUUUUCGAUUUGCGAUUCGCGUCAUGUGACACUGCUCUGUUUUGUAUCACUUGUAUCAGUUGUAUGAUUCAUGUCAUUGCUAUCAAUAUCUUUCUAAUGAAUUUGGAAGCAAUUAUUAUACUAUUUAUUAGUAGAAGGUUGAUUUCACAAAGGAAUACUUAGAUUGAAUUUAUAGAUUAUCAUCGAAUUGGAAACUCAUUUUGGUGGAUCAAAUUUUUUAUCGGAAAUGUAAAAGUUUCAGUAAGUUGGGUUUUUGUCUUAGCUCAUUCAUGCUCAGUAUUAACACAUUCUUUACCUCAAAUGAUGAUUUUUAACCCCAUUACAUUAGAUUGAAU